AUGGUGAUGACAAAAGGGAAAGGUAUAAGAAUAACAAUGAAAAAGAUACACAUAAGUUUUCAACAAUUUCUUUCACUUAGCUUCUCAGACAAAAACACAAGCAGUCAAGGAGUUUGUCUGUCUACUUCAUCAUACUCCUCUGAUCCAAAUGAGACUCACACUCAGCUGGUUCUGUCAAGAAACAGACGGGCAUUUCAUUCACGCUUGGAUUCUGGAAUAUCAUCCCUGCUUCCUUCAGACUCUUUUAAGUACUUUACUUGGAACAAAGUAGAACAAAAUGACAUUCAAGGAAGUCAACUGCGUUGCCCAAGGGUGAGAGAAGGACCCUCUGAAGAAGAGUUGGUUUUCAGAGAGGGGGAGCCGACUGUGCGUCCAAGGAAAAGAAUCCCUGAGAAAGGCAAAUGGAAAAUGUGGCUGCAAGAAAACUGGGAAGACUGUGUGAAUUUGAAUAUUUCAUUUCAGGAUUUGGGUGAUCCUUAUCAAGUUGAAAAUUUUAACAGGAUUCUUCGAAGAUUAAUUCGAGUCCAAAUCCUUUGGGUAAUGGAUAAUUCACUGGUGGAUUUAAGUGCCAUAAGAUUGCCAAGCUGCAGAGUUUUAAACCUAAACAGAAAUCAUCUUACAUCUUUCAAACAAUUGCCAAAGAUACCUCAGAUACAGCAUUUAUCCUUGGCUGAAAACAAGAUUGAGACUUUGACCGGACUCUCCAGUUUACAGUGCACCCCAUUAGAAUCCCUUAUACUCAAGAGGAACCCUUGUGAGUUCCACCAAAAUUACCGGCAACGAUCCUCCAAUUAG